CGUUCUUCUUUCGUCUUUUGUUUUUGUUUUGAUGUUUUGACUCUGACAGGCUCAAGUAACUUCUUAGUUAUUUCGUGAUUUCUGAGUGUAUUGUGGUCUAUAUUUCGUGUCUGAUUUUAGACCGACAGUUGAUGCUUUACUUGAAGCGCUUAAAGCUUUUAAUAUUGAGUAAUGUAUAACAAUAACAACAACAAUCAGCGAAAUGACUUCGGCUUCGGCAGGGACAGAAUCUUACAUGAUCUGCGAACGGUUCAAGCUGAGAAGAAACGCCAGAUUAAACUUUUAGAAGCCAAGAAGAAAGAGUUAACUGAAAGCUUAAAGACCCUGACCAUCAAUGAUAAAUGGUCGAGUGAUAAAAAAUCCAAAGGAUAUUUAACCCUGCCAAAUGUUUAUGGUUAUGUUCUUUCUCAAUUCAAUGUGAGCCAAGUUAACAAUGACGAAAAGUUAUACUCAGCGCAAUGUGAGGAGAAGGACAUGGGUUUUGGGAUUUUUAUUCAAACAACUAAUUCUGAUGUGGUUACCAAAAUUUCUAUCUCAAUGAAUGCAAGGUCUGCGCUGUUGGAGAUAAAAGACACUCUUGCUAUCCUCGCUGAGGAACGUUGUCCUCACCUCAUAUUAUCGACAAUCAGUCAAUUUGUUUCCCUGAAUAAUUUUAGAAAACAGACUAUAGAUAAUAUAAGGAGAAAAACUCAGUUACUUGUCUUUUGGCCAACUUUUGCACAGGGAAAUUUUGGAAGCCCUUGGGUAAUUACAACAAAACAAAUGGCAAACACAUCUCAAGUUGAAAUUCAGUGGACCAUGGAUUGGGACAGGAGCUUUGUAGCAUUAGUCCACCGUUUUCUUGUAGCUUGUUCUAAUGUGAAUCCUGAGCUGCAAGAAAAGUUGAAUCAAUUGCAUCAUGGUACCUUCAAAGUUCAAAAUCAAGAAAGCCUUGCAAGUUGUUUGGAUCAGAUUACCCAGUCUAUUACCUAGUACCACCCUAUAUAUAUUGUAUGGUACUACUGUUUUGCUGGUUGGAUGGUAAUUGCCAUCAAUUAUUUAUAUCAAUUGACAGGAAUUAGAGAUAAUAAACCAGAUGUGAUCUUUACAAA